UACUAUCUAAACCCAAUCGACAUCUUUUUUUUUCAAAAUGUAAAGAGCAACUUUGAGUCAUCCACUAUUUUAAUUUCAGGUUUUUUGGGUCUCUAAAUAUAUAAAUGGUUAAAUCCUUAUUAUUAUUUUAACAUGUCUAUAUUGCAUUCUUUAACAUUCCAAUUUAUUUAACAUUUAAACCACCAAGUUUAUUUUAAUUUUUGCUCUUAUGAACCAAAUAAAUAUCAAUAAUAAAUACAAGAAUAUAAUAGUAUUCAAAUAAAAUUGCUCUUGAUCUUCAGGUAGUGGGUUGAAUCUCGCCAAGGCUACUAAGUGAUUUUUGUUUUUUAAGGAGCAGGAUUCUCAAUAAAAUACGGGACGCACCCACCACGUAAUACAGAGCCAUAUUUAUGGGCUUCAUGGUUUCUUCUGAAAUUGCUGGACAGAGCGAAGUCAUCAUUCAAACGCUGACCAGGAGAAAACUCAUCCAUCCUUCUAAUCUUCAUCAGCUCUACUUGAAACACACUCUUCAAAUGGCACGGUCUGCUGUGGAUGAGACGUCAGCAUCUGGUGCUUUUGAGAGAACUCCGUCUAACUUCCGCUAUACGAUUACAGACGACCCUAAUUCUACUUUCCCUGCAGAUGCUGGCAGGUAUCAUCUCUAUGUGUCAUAUGCGUGUCCUUGGGCAUCACGGUGUCUUGCCUACCUGAAGAUCAAAGGCCUUGGCAAAGCUAUUAGUUUCACUUCUGUUAAACCCAUAUGGGGGAGAACGAAGGACACUGAUGAACACAUGGGUUGGAUUUUCCCUUCUUCAAGCAUUGAAGAACCAGGAGCUGACCCUGAUCCUUUAAAUGAUGCCAAGAGUAUAAGAGAACUCUACGAGCUUGCAAGUUCUAAUUAUGCAGGAAAAUACACGGUUCCUGUUCUGUGGGAUAAGAAACUGAAAAUCAUUGUGAAUAAUGAGAGCUCGGAUAUAAUCCGCAUGUUUAAUACUGAAUUCAAUGGCAUAGCAGAAAAUGCAGCCCUGGAUCUUUACCCUCCUCACUUACAGUCCCAAAUCAACAGUAUAAAUGAGUGGAUAUACGACGGGAUAAACAAUGGAGUGUACAAAUGUGGGUUUGCUAGGAAGCAAGAGCCUUAUGACGAGGCAGUUCAAAAGCUAUAUGAAGCUCUAGAUAAAUGUGAGGAUAUUCUCAGCCAUCAGCGAUAUCUGUGCGGAAAUCAAGUGACAGAAGCUGAUAUCCGCUUGUUCGUCACCCUUAUUCGGUUUGACGAGGUCUAUGCAGUUCACUUCAAGUGUAACAAGAAGUUGCUACGAGAAUACCCGAAUCUCUUCAAUUACACUAAAGACAUCUUCCAAAUCCCAGGGAUGAGCAGUACAGUAAACAUGGAACACAUUAAGAAGCAUUACUAUGGAAGUCACCCCUCUAUCAAUCCAUUUGGAAUCGUCCCCCAGGGUCCAUAUAUUGACUAUGCUACUCCCCAUGACAGGGAAAAGUUGGCUUAACAGUAUCACAUAUACAUCUUGUACUACAUACUCUUGUUCAUAUGUGGUUUCUCUUAUCUGUUUCCUGUAAAGCUUUCUUGCAUGUUCCCUUUAAAAACAGUUAUUUGGUGAUGCCUAUAAUGUUUCCUUGGUGCCCUCUUAUUCCUUGCAAUAAAAGAUUUCCCGCGUUGUUGCGGGGAUAUGUUUGUAUUAUCUCUUCUUCCUGUACCAAAACAAAACAACUUCCUGUACAAAAACAAAACAAAGAGAUCCCACACUUUCAAUUUGUUUCUAGUUGAUUGAUCUUAUACGUAGUAUCAUUUAUAAUAAUGAUAAUAAUACUCCCUUCUUUUGUUUGUCUA